AACUUACAAGUAGGACACCUCCUUUUUCUGGCUCAACGAAUGAUUAUGCAAUUGCUAUAAAAAUUUCUCACAGAGAUCGAGAGAAAAUGAUUCCUGGUACACUACAAGGAUAUACAGAUAUUUAUAUGAACUGUUGGUCCUCAAAGCCAGUAAAAUAUUCUAAAUUAAAUGAUAUUUUGAGUAAUCAUGAUAG